AUGAAGAAUGUCAUCGUGUCCUUCUUUGUCAGUCAAGACCAGGACCGGAUGAUUAUACAGGAGUACUUUUUUCUGGGUUCGCACCAUACUGCCCUCAUCGGUCUAGAGGUGCCCUACUUUUACUUCGCAGUUCGUGAAGCAAUGCUCAACUUCAGCUUCUACCUGGCUCAGGGCGAGAUCGAUGCCGCCUUCAAGUCGAUGAAACUUGUUCGAAGUGCUGCUAUCUGGCAGAAUAUGGCAAAGAUGUGUGUGAGUACACGGCGUCUGGAUGUGGGUUUGAUGUGUCUCGGCAAGAUGGGCAAUGCUUUCGGGGCCAUGAUGGUGAGGGAGAUUCAAAAGCGCGAACCCAACAUCACCGUGCAGACCGGCGAAUUGGCAUUGCAGCUUGGCAUGACGGAGGAGGCUGAACGUAUCUUUAUUGAGUGCGCACGAUGGGAUCUCGUGGCUCGUCUUCACCAGACCCUCGGACACUGGGAGGAAGCCGUCCAGAUUGCAGAGAAGCGAAACCGCGUACGUCUUCGAAAUACCCAUUAUGCAUACGCUCAGGAGCUUCGAAAACAGGAUCGUAUCGAAGAUGCUAUAGCCCAGUAA